CUUCAGAGAACUCUGGUGGGGUUCAAGUUUUUGAGGUCUCGGAGCCAUGGAGGGCUGGAAGAAGCCUUGCGGAGCAGAACCCUGCUGGGAAUUCGUCUCUGAUUUUGGCUGAAGAGAGGACUCAGAGGAAAGACCCGCUGGAUGAUUUUAAACCCUAUAUGGGUGGAUGGAAUAUCAGCAGCCAACAUUACUGGGCUUCUGUUGCACUUACUGCUGUUCCAUUCUUUCUCAUUGCUAUUGCUUGGUUCGUGCUCUUCGGUAUAUGCUUGUUCAUCACCUGUCUAUGUCGUUGCUGUUGUCGGAGGGAGCCGUAUGGCUAUUCUCGAACGGCCUAUGCCCUCUCCCUUGCUUUCCUCAUAUUCUUCACCAUCGCAGCAAUUGUAGGAUGCAUCGUGUUAUAUGUCGGUCAAGGGAAGUUUCAUAGCCGUUCGUCGAGCACGCUGGACUAUAUAGUAGAUCAGGCAGAUGGAACUGCUAAAAACCUCAAGAAUUUGUCAGUUUAUCUUUCUUCAGCUAAGUCUAUCGGAGUCGAUUCGAUAUUUCUGUCUACCGACGUUAAGAAACAAAUCGACGACAUUGGCACGGAGAUAAGUUCUGUUUCUUCCAAUCUUACUGAUGCAGCAGCUGAUAACUCAGGCACCAUACAGAGAGGCCUAGAUGAAACGCGACUUAUCCUCGUUGUUAUUGCUGCUGUUAUGCUCUUGUUGGCAUUUAUUGGAUUCUUAUGUUCCAUCUUUGGAUUGCAGUGUAUCGUAUACACCUUGGUAAUAUUUGGUUGGAUUCUCGUUGCUGUCACGUUCAUUUUAUGUAGCGUGUUUCUUCUUCUUCACAAGUAAGGGUCUCGUUUCACCGAUAAAGCAUUUUAUAACAAAUUUUGUGAGAUC